AUGAGCGAGACAGCAGAUGGCGGAGUUCCAGAGAUCCAAGUGGUUGGGUCGAACACUGGUAGGCGAAGUUACAACAUUGCCAUGAUUUGUGAUUUCUUCUUCCCGCAAUUAGGGGGUGUCGAGUUCCAUGUGUUCCACCUGGCUCAGAAUCUCAUCGAGUUGGGUCACAACGUUGUGAUCAUCACGCACUCGUACAAGGACCGUGUCGGGGUCAGAUACUUGACGAACGGGCUGAAAGUGUACUACUGUCCGCUGUUUGUGCUGUACAGGGAGACGACGUUCCCCUCUGUGUUCUCAAUGGUGCCCAUCAUCAGGCACAUUCUGAUCAGAGAGCAGAUCGAUAUUGUGCAUUCGCAUGGGAGUGCCUCUGCGAUGGCACAGGAAUCGAUCACCCAUGCGAACGCGCUUGGGAUGAAAACAGUGUUUACGGACCACUCUCUGUACGGGUUCUCUGUGCUUGGGUCGAUCCUGUUGAACAAAUUGCUGCUCUUCACGCUGGGGAACGUCGAUGGCGUCAUUUGUGUGUCCAACAUCUGUAAAGAGAACAUGAUGGUCAGGUGCGAUAUGGAUCCCGAGAAACUGUACGUGAUACCGAAUGCUGUGAUCAACAGAGACUUCAAACCGAGCGAUUCCGAUAUCAUUGCAAGGAGGAAUAAAGAAAGAAUCACAAUCGUCCUCAUUUCAAGACUGUUCCCGAACAAAGGUGCCGAUCUACUGUGUAGGAUCAUUCCAACGAUAUGUGAUCAACAUCCAGACGUGGACUUUUUGUUGGCAGGUGACGGUCCCAAAUUCGUGGAAUUGCAACAAACCGUGGAGUCCUGCAGAUUACAGGAUAGGGUCAAGAUGCUCGGGGCGGUGCCGCACGAGAAGAUCAGGGACGUACUUUGUCAAGGCGAUAUAUACUUACAUGCGAGUUUGACCGAGGCGUUUGGCACUGUACUGGUGGAGGCGGCGUCGUGUGGUCUGCUGAUCGUCACGACAAAAGUCGGCGGGAUACCUGAGGUGCUUCCCGAACAUAUGACUGUGUAUGCGGAAGAAACUUCUGUUUCCUGCAUUACAGAGGCAACAAACAAGGGUAUCUCGUUGUUUAGAUCCGGCGCUAUUGACACGUCCACUUUCCACGAUGAGGUGGCAGAGAUGUACGACUGGAUGGAUGUUGCUGAGAGGACCACUCACGUUUACGACAAAAUCUUUGACGAGGCAUCACCAGACGACAAGGACUGGUUCAAGAUGAUGAAGAAUGUAUACUACAGGGAUGACGGAAUAUGGGCGAGGCAUCUGUUUGUGUUAUGCGCUAUUGUGGAAUAUUUAAUUAUGAAUGUUCUGGAGUUCUUACAGCCGGCAGCUAAGAUAGAGAAGCCGCCUAAAUGGCCACGGAAAAUAGUGAAAAAGGCUGUGCGACAGAGAGGCUCUCAGUUACCCCCAUGA